GUCAGCAUGUUGUCUGUGCGGUUAAGGUGUAUAACCAGCUUUUGUCUCUUUUUUACAGCACUGAAUGGCAAAGAGACGAGUCAUGUGGAAUUUAAAGAUGUUGGAGAACAAAUCACUAUCCAGUGCAGAUACACUGAAUCAGACCAGACGUCCCUGACCUUGAAGAAAGGUCUCGAUGAGGAGUCCGAAGUUCUGCACAGAGUCAAUAAUGGUAAAAGUACUAUUGCCACCCAAUUCGAGAACAGACUUGAGGUCAAUGGAGAAAUGCCCAACACUGACAUUCUCAUCAAAAACCUGACAUCAGAAGACACAGGGCCAUACUGGUGUGUGUACAAAAGGGUUAUUAGCGGCAAACCUGAAGAGAAAAAAGGCAAAGGGUCUAUGCUCCUGGUGGUCAGAGAUGUAAACUGUCCGUAUUUGAUAGAUUCCACGCAGCCUUGUGAAAUAACGAAUAAGAGUCUGAUCCUCGGGUCCGUUGUGAUCUCUGGUGCUGUGCUUCUCCUCAUCAUCCUGGCAUUCUUCAUGUGGUACAUCUUCAAGAACAAGAACUCUCACACCUCCAAAAAACCAAGGCACGCCACCACCAAUGAUGUUUACGAAGAUAUGCGUGGAACCCUCAGGAACUAAAGAUGCAACAACCUGCAGCUCUGCACCACUGACACAUGAGUGUUGCAUGUGAGCAUCUGAGUUCUCACUGAAGAUUAAGCAGAAGUGGUUCAACACAAUGUAUAAAAUUCAGUAGAGAAACACAGAUGUUUGUCCUGUCUGAAAGUAGCAGUAAAAAAACAAACAAAUCUUAAAUGAUUCAUAGUCUGACGUGGAUAUUACAGUGUUUUACUAUUGUAAAUAUGUUCUUUCAUUUCAGUAAUUUCUUAUAGUUUGGUAAAACGUUUUUUUUAAAUCAUAAUUACAGAUGAUUUAUUGUAUUAAUAAAGGUAUGGUCAUGUAGAUAUUAUGUAUAUCUAUAUAUAUGUAAGACUUCUGUUAUUUGCCCUCUACACGAGGGACGUCUGUGUAUUUGUAUAUUACAUAAUCGUCUGCAAUAAAUUUGU